GCUCAUCAGAAGCGAAGGCAAGUGACGACGGAAGCGGUUGGUUUCUGCACACAACAGGCGAACAACACACAAAAAAAAAAUCCUCUUUGCUUCUCUCGUCUCCUCUCACCUCUGCACUCCACGCAAGAGAUACUCCCGCGCGAGGACGCAACGCAACCGAGGCGAUUCGUUCCCCUUCCAUACACCCGCCCGCCCUGGUAUCUGCAUAUCCUCCCCGGUUCAGCUGCUUCGGGGGCCAAGCUCGGGCGGAGAAGAUGGCAGAGGAUGGGUACCCGGUGAAGCUGCACAUCUACGAUCUUAGCCAAGGGAUGGCGCGGCAGCUCUCGGCGACGAUCCUCGGCAAGGCUAUCGAGGCUAUUUGGCACACCGGUGUUGUCGUCUACGGCCGCGAGUACUACUUUGGCGGCGGCAUCCAGCAAGGCCAGCCCGGCCGGACGCCCUACGGCACGCCCAUCCGUGUGGAGGACCUGGGCGUCACCCACGUCCCCAGGGAGGUGUUCGAGGAGUUCCUCCGGGAGAUCGGCCCGCGCUACACCCCGGCCACCUACAAGCUCCUCAGCCACAACUGCAACAACUUCAGCAACGAGGUCGCGCAGUUCCUCGCUGGCGCCGCCAUCCCCAGCUACAUCCUCGAGCUGCCGAACCAAGUGAUGAACAGCCCGGUCGGCGCUUUGAUAUUGCCGAUGAUCCAGGGGCUGGAGGCGAGCUUGGGAGCUGGGGCUGUGCCGCAGCCACCACAAUUCAGGCCGGCUCCUGCAGCCCCGGUUGGCGCCGCCACCGUGACUCGGCCGCUGACGACGAAAGACGACGUGGUGCCAAGAUCGACGACUGCUGAUGAUGAUAAACCGGAGGCUGCCAAGACAGCAGCGGGCAAUAAUGGCAGUGCCAAUGACAGCACGGCCGUAGUUCCACCGGCGGUGCAGCCCGCAGCAGCACCGGCGACAUCCGCCGGUGAGGUGAGCAGCGCGGCGCCUACUACGGUUUCAACCAAGCUGGCGGCGCCUCCUCCUCCAGACCCCCUUGCGGCGGCGAAGAGCCGGGUGCAGGAGGAGAUAAAGCGCGAGUUCGCGGCCAUCAUGGCGGCCGGCACGGCGCGUGCCGGCGAGGCCGCCGCGCUGGCCACGCGCAGGGUCAUGGAGCGGCACGGCCUGCAGCGCGCCGCUGCCGCUGCCGCUGCCGCCCACCGAGGGUAGGCGGCAUAGGUAACACGUAGUGUCGGUGGCGUUCGUCGUGCAACUGUAAUCGCUCGUUCCGUUACGCUUGUUAAAUUUGUGGAUGGUCGGUCGGUCGGUCAGUCAGUGUUGGCCUCGGA